AUGCACUCUAGCACAAGCACACAGGCAGUAGAACAAAAAACAAGCAAUCAGAAUGAAAGCCGUGAACACGUGCCCCGGCGGCCUACGCGCACCCCAAAGUCCAGCCGAACUUUGCGCAAUUCAACGGUUUUGAACAUGGAAACAGCUAGCCUUAAUAGCGCCAAAACCGAUUCCAGCAUGGUUACUCAGAACAUUGCGCAGCGCAUAUGCUUAUUCAAGCUUUUUUGCGGGCUUGCCGUGUUGUUGGUUGCCGGGCUUGUAUCCGGAACGGUAUUCUACUACGCCCUAAAAGACACUUCUGUCUAG